UGGAGGGCGCUCAAUGAAGUUACCAGCCAGAGCAGGCGGAUCAUAGAUUUCAACCAAAACAAGACGAAAAAAUAAUUUCUCAAGUAUUUAAGCGGUGACUCGCGUAUAGUGAAAACAGACGUAUUAGCGCUGGUGGCAAAAGAUUGGAUCUGUGUGGAGGUGAACGGUUUGUAGCGUUUAUUUUGAAGCAGGUCUACAGUAUGAUUUGCAGAUAUGGCAAGAAGGGGUAAGACCGUUGUGAGGACCCUGGAGGAUUUAACCCUUGAUUCUGGUUAUGGUGGAGCCGCGGAUUCCUUCAGGUCGUCCAGCUUGUCUUUGUGCUGUUCAGAUACGCAUCUGCCUUAUGCACAUGGAGGGAAUUGCUGGCAUCUGACGGACUCCAUGCACAGUCGACACAACAGCUUGGACACGGUUAACACGGUUCUGGUAGAAGACACCGAGAUCCUGGAGUGCUCCGGCCAGUGCGCAAAGCUGCCCGAGCUGGAGGACGUGCCGUGGAGCCUCGGGGAGGUGGAACAGGCACUCAGGAAGGACGAAGAGCUGAGAGCGGCGAACCCAUCGCAGGAGAUCUUGACCAGGCUGUCCGCUCUGGUGAGCCGAGCGCUGGUGAGGAUCGCCAGGGAAGCGCAGCGCCUGAGCUUGCGUUACGCCAAGUGCACGAAGUAUGAGAUCCAAAGCGCCAUCAAGGUGGUCCUGUCGUGGACCCUCUCCGUCAAUUGUAUUACCGCGGCCCUCAGCGCCCUGUCCCUUUACAACAUGAGCACCGGGGAUAAGUUCAGCCGCGGCAAGUCAGCCAGGUGCGGGCUCAUUUUCUCGGUGGGGAAGUUCUUCAGGUGGAUGGUGGACAGCAGGGUGGCGCUGAGAGUCCACGAGCACGCGGCGAUCUACCUGACCGCCUGCAUGGAGAGCCUGUUCCGAGAGGUGUUCAGUCGCGUGCUGCGCAGCGCCGUCGUUGAUAAGGACAAUGGGAUCCCGAAGUUUACCGUUGAGUCUUUGGAACAGGCGAUCAACAACGAUUCGGAGAUCUGGGGUCUCCUGCAGCCCUACCAGCACCUCAUCUGUGGCAAGAACGCAAGCGGGGUGCUGAGUCUGCCGGACAGCCUGACGCUGCACAGGGACCAGCAGAGGGCCAACAAGGCCGGCGACGCCCAGGCCUACAGCCAAUCAGAGCGCCGCACCAUCGAGCAGUGCCUGCUGGCCACACGCGUGGGGAGCAUCGCCGAGCUCAGUGACCUGGUGUCCAGGGCCAUGCACCACCUCCAGCCGCUGCACAUUAAGAACCACAGCAACGGGACACCAAUGCACCAGCGGCAGGGCUCCAUCCACUGGGAGCCCGAGGCCCUCUACACCCUCUGCUACUUCAUGCACUGCCCGCAGAUGGAGUGGGAGAACCCCAACGUGGAGCCCAGCAAGGUCACCCUGCAGACCGAGAGGCCGUUCCUGGUACUGCCACCGCUGAUGGAGUGGAUCCGGGUGGCGGUGGCACACGCCGAGCAUCGCCGCAGCUUCUCGGUGGACAGCGACGACGUGCGGCAGGCGGCGCGGCUGCUCCUGCCUGGGGUGGACUGUGAGCCUCGGCAGCUCAGGACGGACGACUGCUUCUGCGCCUCCCGCAAGCUGGACUCGGCCUCCACGGAGGCCCGCUUCCUGCAGGACCUGGGCUUCCGCAUGCUGAACUGCGGCCGCACCGACCUGGUCCGGCAGGCUGUGAGUCUGCUGGGUCCUGAGGGCAUCAACAGCAUGAGCGAGCAGGGCAUGACCCCGCUCAUGUACGCCUGUGUGCGCGGGGACGAGGCCAUGGUGCAGAUGCUGCUGGAUGCAGGUGCCGAUAUCAACAGCGAGGUGCCAAACACAGUACACAAGCACCCCUCAGUUUAUCCCGAAACGCGCCAGGGGACCCCCCUCACUUUCGCUGUGUUACACGGACACGUCCCUGUCGUGCAGCUGCUGCUGGAUGCUCACGCCAACGUGGAGGGCUCGCUGCAGGACGGAGAGGAGAACUACGCCGAGACGCCUCUGCAGCUGGCGUCUGCCGCAGGGAACUUUGAGCUGGUGAGCCUGCUGCUGGAGAGAGGGGCGGACCCCAUGAUUGGCACCAUGUCCCGCAACGGCAUCUCCUCCGCCCCCCAGGGGGACAUGAACUCCUACAGCCUGGCCGCUGCACACGGACACAGGAAUGUGUUCCGCAAGCUGCUGUCCCAGCCGGAGAAAGGGAAGGGUGACGUGCUGUCCCUGGAGGAGAUCCUGGCUGAGGGCUCGGAGCUGGGAGAGAGGCAGCCCCCCCAGCUGGACCCCAGCCGCACCAGCAAGGCCAAACUGCGGGCCCUGAGGGAGGCCAUGUACCACAGCGCUGAGCACGGCCACGUGGACAUCACCAUCGACAUCCGCAGCCUGGGUGUGCCCUGGACCCUGCACACCUGGCUGGAGUCCCUGCGCACCUGCUUCCAGCAGCACCGCCGGCCGCUGAUCCAGGGUCUGCUGAAGGAGUUCAGCUGCAUCCAGGAGGAGGAGUACACCGAGGAGCUGAUCAGCCACGGCCUGCCGCUGCUCUUCCAGAUCCUGCGAGCCAGCAAGAAUGAGGUGAUCAGCCAGCAGCUGUCAGCCAUUUUUUCUCAGUGCUACGGGCCGUACCCCAUCCCAAAGCUGACGGAGAUCAAGCGGAAGCAGACCUCCCGCCUAGAUCCUCACUUCCUGAACAAUCAGGAGAUGUCUGACGUGACCUUCCUAGUAGAAGGAAAGCCUUUCUACGCACACAAAGUCCUACUCUACACUGCCUCCAACAGGUUUAAAUCUCUCCUCUCCAACAGACCUCCCUCAGAAAACACCUGCAUUGAAAUCAGCCAUGUCAAGUACAAUAUAUUCCAGCUGGUGAUGCAGUACCUGUACUGUGGAGGGACAGAGUCUCUGCACAUCAGAAACACGGAGAUCAUGGAGCUUCUGUCUGCUGCGAAAUUCUUCCAGCUGGAGGCCCUACAGCGACACUGUGAAAUCAUCUGCUCCAAGAACAUCAGCACAGAGACCUGUGUGGAAAUCUACAACCAUGCCAAGUUCCUGGGUGCUCCCGAGCUCUCGGCUUAUGUGGAGGGCUACUUCCUGAAGAACAUGGUGGUGCUGAUCGAGGUGGAGGCCUUCAAGCAGCUGCUGUAUGACAGGCCUGCAGAGAGCCCUGGAGAGGACGUCCUCCAGGCCCUGGAGAAGACCCUGAGCGCACGCAUACACUCCAUACACCUGUCCUCCUCCAAGGGCUCCAUCGUGUGAGUGCUCCCAGCCAGCACUGCCUAACGUUCUCACAGCGCUGCAGUGACGUUGCCGCAACAGCUGCCCCACCUACCCACUCUCCUUACAAGCUGCAACACUGCUGAAACGCUGUGGGAACGUUAAGCUCCGGCCAGCUUUGCUGGGAACGGCUCUGAUCUCCCCUGUAGUUGCUGGCAGAGCAUUCCAAAUGAACUUUAAUCCGUUUGCUUCCUGGAGCUGCCUGGUCAUCUAACAGUGUUUUCUUCAAACGAACACCACUGGUGGACUGUAGCAUCAGAAAUCUGGCUGUCAUGUCAUAGUGGGUCGACGUCCUCUUUUUUCAGUGUUUAUAUUUUAAUGAGAGAAUUUCAACAGAAUUUUACUUAGUGGGGAUUGGGCCAAAUUAAACUGGUUACUGGUGUGUGUCAGUUUAAGGUUCUACAUUUUAAAGCUAUGACAUGAAUGUAUUUACUGACCCAUGGAGGAGCAGCAGGUGAGACCAAGGGCCCUGCGUAGUUUAUCUAUUUUAAUGGUUUUUUAAUUUGUAUUUUAAGUGAACAGGGUAUUCCUAACAGACAGUUCUGAGAGUGAAGCCAGGGGUCAAAGCUCAUUGUAAUGAAAUCUCAAAGUGAAGCACCUUUGAACAAGUUCCAUCUUUAAUCCAUGGUUCAUAUGUCAACAGUACAACACUGGAUUCUCUUGUGUCAUCGCAGUGCAUGUGAACUAUUUGAUUCUUCUUCCAGUUUCCAGUGAAUUUAGCCAAAAUGUGGCUCACCUUCUCUCAUGUCUGGAGCUGUUAAUACUCAAGAGAUGGCAGAGUAGUUUCAUUCACACUCAUGGUAGACAGAUUCAUUUAAUUAAUAUUAACCAAAUGCCAAACGUUCUCUGAAACCUUACCUGCUGAGGUAGGGGGAUUCUGUCUGUAAUAAUGGCUAUACGAAACCUUACCUGAUCAAGUGGGGGGGGGUACUGUCUGUAAUAAUGGCUAUAACCCUUUUUUUGCGGGGCAGCAUCAUCAUAUGAUCCUGCUGAGAGAACAUACACAUUUUGCUAUACUCUAUCUCUAAAUCCCCUCUCUCUUUAACAAAUGUUAAAAUGUGAACUUUCACAACAAUCCGUUGCAUUUAUAAGACACAGCCAUCGAAUGGUGGUAUUUAUAUACUUCCACCAGCCUGUAGCUACUAACACCUUCAGCCAGUCCAGAGGUUGCAUAACAAGAAAUGUAAUGUAAUGCCAACAAUUAAACAUUAAUAUUGAGGUGAUGAUUAUAACAGUGUUCUGCUUUUGCAGGUUUGCUCAUUAAUUUUGUCUCAGAGUUUCAGGCCCCUUUGAUACAUCUGAAAUGCUGUUAUUAAAAACCACCAAUUUUAAUAAUUAUAAGCAGGCCUGCUGAAAUGCUAGUGAGGACUUUGACCUAACCCGAGCAGAGAAAGUGUAAAUAUAUGAUGUAAAAUCAGAAAGAGAAGAUGUGCUGUAAACUAAUGUGUACAUACUCACCUGCUUGAUUGCUUUCCCAGCUGGAGUGCUCUCCUGGACUGGAAGCAGAUAAAUGUCGCUUUUCUUAGUGUUUAAUUGCGCCAAUGCAGUGCUCUAAUGGUUGUUGCUCUUAGUUUUGCCUGUUUGUUUUUAUAUCUGUUUGUCUGUCAGCUGUGAGAACUCUGAGUAAGAGAGGUAGAGAUCUGUGAUAAUAAGAAUUAUGCUUCCUCACCGAGUAACUGUGUAUUUUCCAGGUGAGUGAUGUUUAGUGAGAUUAGCUGACUCAUUCAGAUGGAUGCUUCAUAAAUGCUGUGAUGAAACGACCAUCAUGUCCAGACAUUGUGAACUCACAUGUAGAUACCUGUAUGAUGUAUAUAACUGAAUAUGCACCUCCUCAAGAAAGAUACCAUAUAUUUAUAUCUGUUUUCAGGGAAAUUUCAGUCUAAAAUAUAUUACUCUGUGGUGAUUUAGAAAAGAGCAUACCUGAAAAUGAGGGUUUGACCAAUAUUUGAGAAUGAUAUGUGGAAUAUGUUGUGUGGAAAUGCCAGGUUUAGGCCUGUGGGUAGGCCCAGUACCUGUGCUGUGUUCUGCUCUUAAUGCCGCUUGCUGCUUCUCCUCACAGACUCCUCAGUCCCCACAGAAUUCUUCUGUUAUUCUUCCACGGCCCAUUUUCAGUACAGUAGGCGUUGUAGUAAUGUGAGUGUGAGUUUACAGUGUAACUGAUAUACACUGCGUUACAUAACCCUGUGGUGACAUCCAGGCAGUCUAAUGAUAAAUGUAACUGUGGGGCAUCACAUCAACCCGUGGAAAAAUUUCAGCACCAGACUUUAGCCAACAGAAAAAUUCCACAUUAAAAUGUUAAAUGCUACUUUAAAAGGCAGGUACAGCUAAAGAAGCCAGUCCCAUUGAAAUGCAUUUUAAAGAUUUAAUAAAACCUGUCCUCUGAAGUAUGUAUUAUUAGGACUGUGUUAUCAAGAGUCCAUAGCAGCGGAACAAAUUGGCUGUUGAUUGAUCAGGCACCUGAAGUUUUCCCUGCUAAAGCUGUGUAUGAAGUGUCCUCCUGUGACUUUGUCUGUGCAAGCUUAGCAUGAAAGCCACAGCGUGUAAAAAAGGAAGGAGAUGUCUGCACCCUCCUGCAUUGAAAAUGGGGGUUGCACCAAUAGGGGCAGCGUCUAAGGACGUCUUUCGGCAUUCCAAACUGGGAGGAAAAGGGGAAAGACAACAGGCCAUUCCAAAUUUUAAAAAAUGUUUUUGAAUGUUUGCAAGAAUGAGAACGGGAGCAUUCCAGAACCCGGGGGAGUGAAUGGACUAAAAGCAAAAGGACCUGACAUGGAGCAUGGCACUGUCAUUUCUGCAUUGUGUUCACCAAUAAAACCAGCUUCCAUUUCAUGCUCUGCCUCUACGUGAGCAUCUCGCGCUGUUGGCCGGGUCUGCCCGUGCCGAUUAACCAAACCAGAGAAGAGAAAUUAUAGAGUAUGUUAUUAUUUCACUUAGCGACAUUGUGCAAAAAUGUAUGGUGUAAAUAACAAGAAUGAGGUUGGACCAAACAUGAACAUUAAACUUGUGUUAAAGUUAUGUUCAAUAAAAUGAAUUUGUGUACAGUAAAUGCAUUAGCUUCCACUUCACCUGCUGUUUCCUUUGGUGAUGUUUUUACCUGUUGGAGCAGAAGGAUGUGAAUAACAUUGGGUGAAGGGGAGUGGCACUCUGAUAGGUGAUUGGGCACAAAGGUGAGGUCAUUUAAGAUGAUGAAUUAUAUCUUUUAUUUUAUAAAAAAUCAAUAAGGGAGUAGUUAUAAAGGAACAAAUAUGAAUUAUCAUGAGAAUAAGGCCUUUUUCAGCACAUUGUUGACCCAUAUGUGACAAGUGUAUAACCUGAAAAGACAUCACAGCCAACUGGUGUGCCAAGCUAUGUUCCAUUGAUGUCAGUUUAUGUGAUUUCAGACCUGUGUGACCCGUCUCAUGGAGAACUGGCAUUAUACCCAUAAAAUAUACAUUUUACAACUUAAUAAAAAGACCUUGCAAACACCUUGCAA